GUCCCAAAUAUUUCCCCCAAAAAAAUCUCUCUCCUCUCCUCUUCUUUCUAUUCCCAUCUUCACUAUUCCCCUCACUUCCAUUUCCAUAAUUCCAUGUGCUCCGCUUCAUCACCUCCUGCUGGCAUCUUUUUCUCUCUCCUCUCCCACCUUCUCUGCUCACUCCAUGUGAACUGAACUCUUUCUUACAACUACUCCUAAAUAUCUUCAAACACUAAAAAAAAAUUAACAUUUUACCAUAUUUUCUCUCUCAUCUUUUCUGCACUUGAUGAAGAAUGUUCAUUGAAUGUCUCUGUAACUCUUAAAACCUCCAUGAAUUGAAUUUCUGACCUUCUUUACUUUCUCUCUCUUAACUUAUAUUUACUUCUUCAAUGGAGUCUUCUACUCGUCUUGAUUAUGUCCUGUUUCAGCUCACUCCCACUCGAACCAGAUGUGAAUUGGCGAUUUUCGCUGGUAAAUCGAAUGAGAAGUUAGCGUACGGAUUACUAGAGCCGUUUAUUGCGCAUUUACGAUCUGCGAAAGAUCAGAUUUCGAAAGGAGGUUAUUCAGUCACACUUCGUCCGCCUUCUUCUUCUGUGAAUGCUCACUGGUUUACUAAAGGAACACUGCUGAGGUUUGUGAGAUUUGUAAGUACGCCUGAAGUUUUGGAGAGGUUUGUGACAAUAGAGAGAGAGAUAGCGCAGUUGGAGAAUUCGAUUAAAUCGUAUGACGCUUCGAAUGCUGCUGAUGGUGCUGAGAAUGAAGGAAAUGCAACUGCUAUUAGCGGAAAUUCAAAAGAUUCAGGUGCUGCUUUCAAGUCAAAAGGUGAAUCCAAUGAAGAAAGUGAUCAUGCACAAGAAGAAAAUUCUAAGGUUCGUCUCCAUCGAGUGCUGGAAACUCGUAAAGCAGUCCUCCGCAAAGAACAAGCAAUGGUUUAUGCUCGAGCUCUGGCUGCUGGAUAUGAAAUGGAUAAUCUGCAUGACCUUCUUUUGUUUUCUGAUGCUUUUGGUGCUUCACGCAUGAGGGAAGCUUGCAUUAAUUUCAAGGAUCUGUGCAAGAAGAAAAAUGAAGAUAGACUUUGGGUGGAUGAGAUUGCAGCAAUGCAGGCUAUGGUGCAGCCAGAAUUGACAUACCUGGGAACAUCUGGAAUCAUUGUUGCUGGUGAAGAAAAUGAUCCCUCCCAAAGUUUAAUGACUGCUGGGAAGCAGAAUGGUAGCACAGAUGUGUCAAUGUCUGAUUCUAUGACUAGUCAUGGAAGUUCAGAUGCAAACCAAGAUUCGCAAACUCUUGCAACUGAUGCGAAAGUGCAAAUGCCAAAUUCAUGGGCACAACAAUUUCCUCCAUACCUACGUAACUUCCAGGGUCCCAUAUAUCAGCAAAUGCCCCCUUAUCAAGGGUAUGGCUUCAAUGGCAUGCAGGUUCCCCCCCAGUAUUACCCUGCAAAUAUGCCUUGGCCUUCCGAUGUUAAUGGUUCUGCUGAUCAUGAAUUACAUAAUCGUCGUGAUCACAAAUCAUCAUCCAGGAAGAAGGGUAAAGCUUCUAAUGCACGGGGAUCAGAGAAGGAGGAUCAUGAAGAACACACUGAGUCCAGUGGAUCUGGUUCUGAGACAGAUUCUUCAUCCGAGCGAUCUCAUAGGAAGAAGCAUGGGAAAAAAUCUUCAAGGAAAGUCGUGAUACGCAAUAUUAAUUACAUUUCGUCCAAACGAGAUGGAGAGAAGGAUGGUUCUUCUGAGACCGAUUCAUCUGACGAGGAUGAUUAUUUGAAUGGUGAUUCCCUCAAGCAGCAGUUGGAGGAAGCAGUUGGGUCCUUUGAGAAGCACAAGAAGUCAGCCUCUCGUCAUCACAAAAAACGUAUUGGAUCUAAGCACCUCAGUUCUAUUAAUGAUUCUGCUGACCAGGACGAUAAUGAAGAUGUUUCUGUCAAGAAUAAGAGUGGUAAGGGCAAUGAAAAUUGGGAUGCUUUGCAGCAGCUAUUAAUGAGGGAAGAGUCAGACUCUAACAAUCCUGAGCCACAUUCACUGUCGGUUGCAGAGAAAUAUUUUGCCACGGAGAAAUCCGGUGAUCAAAAUAUAUGUGCGUUCAAGCCAGAGGCAGAAGAGAGAUCUAAGCACAAACCAAGUGCGAUUCCUAAUGAUGCUUUUCUAGUUACUGAAAAGAAUGCAGGAAACACUGGUGACGCAGGUAUCAUCUCAGUUCAACGCUUUGACCCUAGUGAGAGUACUCCAGUAAUGAGAAGGGGUAGCACUCCCGAGGAGUUUCUUUUUUCACAAAGAAGUGAAGAACCAGAAAGCUAUGCUCGGAUGCCACUGUCUGAUGAUGUUGCACAUUCCUCUAUGUUCAAAAGCCAAACAAGUGAUGAUUGGUUUGUUGGUAAACAAUCAGGCGAAUCAGAAAAUCAGGGACGAAACAUCAGGUUUAUUGAAGGAGAUUAUGUGCGCUCUUCAGCUGAUAAAGAUGAGAGGAAAAGCAAAGAUGUUAUUAUUGAUGAUUCUCUCAUGAUUCAGGGGCGACUAACUGACGACCACCAUGAAUCUCAAUUGAAGACGGACAUUAGCCUCGUUUCUGAUAUGGUUGAGGCGGCUCUUUUUGAAAAUGAAACUGCAGUACCACAGAAAAAAUCUGAAUCACAUGAUUUCUAUGAACCAGACGAGCUUUACAUGGUCCGUGAUCGUGAUACAGUUGCAGAACAAACAGUACCAUCUUGGAGUCUUGAGCUAGAUUAUGAAAAUUUUAUUGCAGUAAAUAAACCUGCCAAGAAGUCAGAUAUAGAUGCCUGUUCAGACUCAAACUUAAUAUCAAAUGAAAAAGGUCCUGAGAUAAAAAAGAGCGGGAAACCUUCCAGUAAGGACUCUAGGUCAAGAACCUUGAGUGGAUCAUUGAGGAGAGCUAAACCUGAGACUACACCAGGGACAAACAAGUCAACAUUUGGGAGUAAAACAAAUACUCCCAAGAGCCUACUUGAGAAGAAACAAGAGGAAGAGAGAAGAAAGAGAAUGGAAGAGUUACUUAUUCGAAGGCAAAAACGAAUUGCUGAAAGGAGUUCUGGUAGUGCUGGUAAUGUGGUGACGUCCCGGAAGCCGCAAACUGGAAGUAAAGCAGCUACAGCCACCCUUAGCUCUGACAAGUCAAAACCCAAGCCCGUCCUCAGGAGUUCCACCAUCGAUCGUCUUGCAGCUGCGAAGACAUCUCCAAAAACCCCAAGCGCUCAACCUAAAAAAGAAGCUCCUAAGGUGAAAAGUGCUAAUGUGAAUAGUGGAUUGCGGAAGACCACAAGUGCAGAUGCCAAGAAACUGAAUGCAGACAAGAACAAACCUUCAGAAGAGAAAGCUGGUGUUGAAAUUAUAAAUGGGGUAAGUCUAUUAGUUUCAGAUGUCAAGGAGGAAAAAGGUACUACUAAGAUUGAUGCUGCAACACCAGCAAUAGAGUCUUCCAAUAAGCAAGGAGUGAAUGCUUUCCAUGAGGUCAAUGGUCCAAAAGACAUUAAAGAACUGCACGUUACGUCAGCAAUCAUCAAUAAGGAUUUAAAAGUAGUAUCACGGAUGGAUAAUUCAGAUGAAAAGGUAGGCAACCCUCUUGAAGAUCAUCCCACAAUAUUGGAUUCUAUCACAGAAAAAAAUGAUAAUUUAUCUAAAGAUUCUUUUACCUUUCCAAAAGAGCCACAAGUUUCUGAUGAUAUUGAUAUAUCUGGUCCAGAAUUGAGUAUCCAUCCAUUGCCGGAAUCACCUCCAAAACAGUUGGAUUCUGCUUUGAUCGUAGAGGAGAAAGCUAUGAAAUACGAGAAUAGUCCAGAAUUUACAGAGAUAUCUGAGAUAGAAGAAUCAACUCCACCAACUAAAGAAAUGAGCGUAGAUCCCAUCCAAAUUAGGAAGAAAUGGGAUGGUGCUGAAAACUCUCCAAAAACAACCAAGGGGUUCAGAAAGCUUCUCAUGUUUGGUCGAAAGAAUUAGAAUUCGUUACAAUUUGUAAAGCAAAAGCAAAGAUAAAUUUUAUACAAGGCGGUUGAUGGUUCUCUCAUGUUUAUACUGCAGAUAAUAAACGAAGGAAGCGAGGGUUCCUUGCUGCUUAAUUUUUUUUCACUCGGCUAGAUACACGGUAUAAGGAUCAGCAGUUCCAUGUAUUGACUGUUGAUGCCUGCUGCCUAGUUUGAAGAGCAUGUGAUUUAUAACCUCCUGUGAGUUAUCCAGUUCAAGUACUUUAGGCUAUAGUGUGUGCAUAUGAUGUCUUGAUCUAGUACAUUAUUCAACUUAAUUCUUUCUUAAAUUUGUUUGCGGUUUGUAUUCUUUGGGUUAAUAUCUCGGUAUGUACUUGGUUAUAUACCUCUGUAAUGCAAUUUGUUGAGUA